AUGGCACACGAAGUAAGAAAUCAAAGCUCUGUGAUCUCAUUCAUCCUGGUGGGGUUCUCAGAAUACCCCCACCUCCAAGCACCCCUCUUCCUGGUGUUCCUGACCAGCUACACAGUGACUCUUCUGGGGAACAUGGGCAUAAUUGUGGUCAGAAAGAUCAACCCCAAACUUCAAACACCCAUGUACUUCUUCCUCAGCCAUCUUUCCUUUUUGGAUAUUUGCUAUUCCAGUGUGUUUACACCCAAACUACUAGAAAUCUUGAUUGUGGAAGACAGAACCAUCUCCUUCAGAGAAUGCAUGACACAAUUUUUCUUCAUUUGUGCAUUUGUGAUUACAGAGAUGUUUAUGCUGGCAGUGAUGGCCUAUGACCGGUUUGUGGCCAUCUGUAAUCCCCUGCUUUACACAGCCACUGUGUCCCCUACGCUCUGUGCUCUGCUUGUGGCAGGGACAUACAUGUGGGGGGGACUAUGUUCCUCGACAAUCACAUAUUCCCUUGUGCAGCUGUCCUACUGUGAGUCUAACAUCAUAAAUCACUUUGGGUGUGAGUACUCUGCUGUCCUCUCAGUGUCCUGCUCUGACUCCUCCUUCAGCCAGAUGGUAUGUUUCAUCAUUUCCACCUUCAGUGAGGCUUGCAGCCUCCUGUUCAUCCUUGCCUCUUAUGCCUCCAUAGUCAUCACUGUUAUCAAGAUGCCCUCCAAGGGGGGACUCCAGAAAGCCCUCUCUACUUGCACCUCCCACCUGACUGUCAUCAGCAUCUUCCAUGGCAUCCUCCUCCUUCUCUACUGUGUGCCCAGCUCUAAGAGCUCCUGGCUCUUAGUCAAGGUGUCCACUGCCCUGUAUGCAGUCCUGGUCCCCAUGCUGAAUCCCCUCAUCUACAGCCUCAGGAACAAAGAUGUGAAAGAGACAGUCAGGAAGCUGAUCAUAUCUAAGAUUUUUUCUCACGGUCGCCUGCAGCUGUGGGCCGGCCGCGUGGAUCUCUGCAGCGGUGCACGCACAGCUGCUUGUGCUCAGUCUCCUCUGCGUGCUGGCUCUGGGUUUAGCUCUCAGCCUUCAAACUCGCUUACAGGUGCUGCAGUUCUUCCUGGACCCUGUGUCCCUGUUGCUGCAUGUCCAAUGCUGCCUCUUUGCGUGAUAUCACCUCCUCCUCUUGCAUGUGCUUCCACCCCCACCUGUCCCUUGCUCUGGGCCUGUACCCAUACCAGCUGCUUCAAGACUGUGCCACGCCCUGCUCUGCUCCUUUCAGAACCUCCUUGGCCUCCUCAGUCACACGCUGAGUGGCCUCUGUCUUGCCAUGCAGCCAGUCUAGCACGGUCAUGUGCUCUUUCUUCUGCCUGUAGUCACUUUGGAACAGCCUCUUGGACGUCUUGUAGCUGGCGGGCAAACUCCUGUUUGGACAGCUUCUGCAGGCACCGAGUCUCUUUUAAUUCAUCCCGGAGCAAGUCCACUUUGUCCAUGCAGCUUAGUGCUGCCCUGCAGCUAUGUCCCCGGCUGCCAGGCUCUUUUGCACUUUGCCCUCAGCCUCACGUCUUCAGGGCUCUUCCUCAGGGCCAGUUGUUGCUGCUGGGCAGCCUCUAG